GCAAUAUUACACCGUAUAUCAUAUCAACUUUAAGUACGAGGAUUUCUAAAAAAAACAUUCUAAGGCUGUGUCACAUUGCACAUUUGAAUUACUUUAAAUAGCGAAGCUAAUGCAAAUAAAAAAGCGUCAACAAUAAAAUGCUACAAAAUCAACAAUAGUAGUGAAUGGCAUGUUGACCUUUUUGGUCCCAGUACACUAGUGUAGCACGGAACACCGGUGUCCCAGUAAGUCUUAUAUGGUGUAUAAGUUUAGAAUGGAGAGAUCUUACGAUAACAAGGAUGGCGUCCAAGAUGAUGGAAUUUCGACCGUGGAUGUAAAGGACGAAAAGGACACAGAACGAGGGAUAGAGGAGCACUCUAAGGCACCGAGGGAAACUGAUGAACUGCUUGAAGAAGAUGGAGACUAUUCUAAAAUACCCAUAGACAGAGGGUAUGCUUGGUUUGUCGUGUUAGGUUGUUUCCUCAUGAACAUUCUCUUUGUCGGAACAUUCAAGUCAGUUGGCAUCCUGUUUGUGGAAAUACUAGAGAUAUUCGAAGUGAGCACAAGUCUAGCUGUAUGGAUGAUAGCAUUGUAUGGCACUGUAUGGGCAGCCACAGCUCCAUUUGCCGCUGGGUUCAGCCGGAGAUACACUAACAGAGCUGUCGUCAUGUUCGGCGGCUUCUUUUCUGGAAUCGGUUGUAUCCUUGCAGCAGUGUCACCGAACAUUGGACUAGUUAUUCUGUUCUAUGGAUUCGUUUGUGGUCUUGGGAUAGGCUUGGUUUAUGGACCAAGUCUUGUAAUGGUAGCCUUAUAUUUCGAAAAGAGACGAGCCAUCAGCAACGCCAUCGCUGUUACUGGAGGUGCUAUUGGCUCUCUCGCAAUGCCACCCUUACUAAGGGUGCUUCUUGAUCAGUAUGGAUACAAAAAUGCCAUGCUCAUUUUGGGUGCCCUGAUGUUUAACAUUAUCGUCAGUGGGGCUCUCUAUCGCCCGCUAUCAUUCUACACUGAACGAAAGAACUCAUAUAAAUGCAAAGAUAGCAAUAAAGAUGGCACUGUAUAUCAAAAUCAAGAUGGAUCAAUGUGUGUGGAGCCAGGUUCAGUAUCUCAUUUAUACACAAAUAUUGAAUCAAAUGAUUAUAAAGAAGGAGGGUCGGUAGAUGCAAUGCCGAACGUGUUGAACAAAAGACUUCUGCUAAACAGGCAGAACUCUGUAUCCAUGCCUCAAAUUAAUCAGAGUACGGAGAGGCAAAAAAUACAUAUACAAGAGGAUGAACCCAAUCUCAAGAAAAUAUCCACUUCAUUUGCCCAUUUAGCUUGGGAGUAUGGGAGUAAUCUCUCGAUAAUAGAUGCCUCAUUACAGAGCCUAGCUACCAGAAAACAAUAUCUUCAUAGACAUUUGGUCGUUGACUCAACAACAGGAAAUAUGAAUAGUGAAAGUGGUGACGAGGACAGAACUAUCACUAAAAGUAGUGGUUGUCUGCAACAUCUGAACUGUUGUGGUUCAAGUACGAAUAAAGACCAGCCACCCCUGUUUGAUUGCAAAUUAAUGAAAAACACCAUAUUUUUAAUAUUCAGUAUUGCCAUGUUUCUUGCCAAUUGCGCGUAUUCAAAUCAGUUCAUUUUUCUCCCGCCAUAUUGUAAUGAUGAAGGUAUUUCAAAGAAUUGGACAGCAAUUGUCAUGUCUGUCAUCGGAGUUGGUGAUUUCGUUGGACGAAUAGUGUGUGGACUCAUUGCAGACACCAAGGUGAUUAAGCCAUCGACUAUGAUGGCUAUAACCCUGAUCAUCCCAGGAGUGUUUAGUAUUCUAUUACCAUUUAUAAAGUUUGAUGGCGUAUUCUUCUUGGCUGCGUCGGUGUUUGGAUUCUUUGGAGGCGCAUUCAUAGCAUUGAUGGCAGUGGUGCUCGUUGAUUGGUUAGGAAAAGAGAAACUUUCUGCAGGUUUUGGUCAAAUGUUGAUAUUCUUUGGUCUGGCGUAUUUGUUGACGACGCCAGUUAUAGGUACGAUACGUCAGUACCUUGGCAGUUACGACAUUCCUUAUAUAAUGUUCGGAAUCUUCGACAUCCUGGCUGGUCUUCUGAUUCUGUCUGAAGUAUACAUCAGGAAAACCAUAACGCCAACUGGGCAAUAGACUGGAGAACAUACGAUUUCAACAUUGUGUUGCAUCAAGGAUGGGUGUUCGCGAUAUUAUAUAUUUUCUAGUUUGAUGUGACAAAAAA